GGGAUUAGCGCGUGUGAGAAGGCCGAGAAGUGGCAGCGGGCGCUGGCGCUGCUGGGCGAGAUGCGGGAGGCGAAGCUGGAACCCAACUCAGCUACAUUGCUGGGAUCAGCGCUUGUGCGAAAGGGGAGCAGUGGCAGCCGGCGUUGGCGCUGAUCAAGGAGAUGUGGGAGGUGCAUUGUAAGCCCAGCGUCAUUAGCUACAACUGUGCGAUCAGCGCAUGUGCGAAGGGCGAGCAGUGGCACCAGGCUCUGUCGCUGCUCAAAAGUAUGUCGGAGAUGGCAUUGGAGCCCGACAUCAUCAGCUGCAACACUGUGAUCAGCGCAUGCGAGAAGGACGAGCAGUGGCAGCAGGCUCUGGCGCUGCUCCGGGAGAUGCGGGAGGUGAAGUUGGAGCCCGACGUCAUCAUUCCUUACAAUACUGGUUUCAGCGCGUGCGGGAAGGGCGAGCAGUGGCAACGGGCUCUUGCACUGCUCCGCGAGAUGAUAGUGGCGAGUUUGGAGGCCGACGUUAUCAGCUUCAGCGCUCUGAUCAGCGCGUGCGCGAAAUGCGAGCAGUGGCAGCGGGUUUCUGCGCUUCUCAGCGAAAUGUGGGAGGCGAAGUUGGAUCCCGACGCAUUCAGUUACAAUUCUGGCAUCAGCGCAUGCGCAAAAGGCAAGCAAUGGCAGGAGGCUCUGGCACUGCUCACAGAGAUGUGGGAGGUGAAGUUGAAGCCCGACGUCAUCGGUUGCAACGCCUGCAUCAGCGCGUGCGAAAAAGGAUUGCAGUGGCAGAAGGCUCUGUCGCUGCUCCGCGAGACGUGGAAGGCGAAAUUGGAGCCCAGUGUCGUCAGCUACAACGCUGGGAUCAGCGCGUGCGAGAAAUGCGAGCAGUGGCAACGGGCUCUGGCGCUGAUCAGGGAGAUGUGGGAGGUGAAGUUGACGCCCAACGUAGUCAGCUACAACGCUGCGACCAGCGCAUGCGAGAAAGGCGAGCAGUGGCAGCGAGCUCUGGCGCUGCAAAGCGAGAUGCUGGAGGCAGAAAUAGAGCCCGACAUCAUCAGCUAUAGCGCUGGCAUCAGCGCGUGCGAGAAAGGCGGGCAGUGGCAACUGGCCCUGGCACUCAUCAGCGAGAUGUGGGAGGCGAAGUUGACGCCCGAUGUAGUCAGCUACAACGCUGGGGCCAGCGCAUGCGAGAAAGAGAAACAGUGGCAGCAGGCCCUGGCGCUGCUCAGCGAGAUGUGGGAGGUGAAGUUGAAGCCCGACGUCAUCGGUUACAACGCCUGCAUCAGCGCGUGCGAGAAAGGAUUGCAGUGGCAGAAGGCUCUGUCGCUGCUCCGCGAGAUGUGGGAGGUUGGAUUGGAGCCCACGGUCGUCAGCUACAGUGCCGGGAUCAGCGCGUGCGAGAAGCUUGGGCAGUGGUGGUGGUCUUUAACGCUGCUCAGCGAGGCGUUGGAGAUGGAUUUGGAGCCCAACGUCAUCAGCUACACUGCUGGGAUCAGCGCGUGCCGGAGAGGUGGGCAGUGGCAGCGAGCCUUGUGGCUGUCGCACGAGAUGUGGGAGGCGAAGCUGGAAUCCGACGUUCUCAGUUACCACGUUGGUAUCAGCGCAUGCGAGGAAGUGAAUCAGUGGACGCAGGCUCUUUCGCUGCUCAGCGAGAUGCGGGAGGUGAAGCUGGAGUCCGACGCGUUCUGCCACAAUGCUGUGAUCAGCGCGUGCGGCAAAGGCAUGCAGUGGAGGCAGGCUCUGUUGCUGGUUCGAGAGAUGCGGGAGGCGAAAUUGGAG